UCUCGCUGUCAAUGUCAUUUAACGGCUAAAGGCUAACCUCGAUUUAGAGAUAAACAUUAAACAAUUGUGAAUUAUUAUUGAAAUAAAAGUUUAAAUUAUAACAAUGAGUCUUUGGGUAGACAAGCAUCGACCGAGAGAUUUGAUGAAGCUGGAUUAUCAUAAAGAUCAAGCAGUGAGAUUGAAAAGUUUAGUUCAGCAAAGUGAUUUCCCGCAUCUGCUUGUUUACGGUCCUUCAGGAGCCGGCAAGAAGACUCGAAUCAUGUGCUUACUACGAGAACUUUAUGGCUCUGGUGUGGAACGCCUAAGACAAGAAACCAUGACCUUUACAACACCUUCCAAUAAGAAAGUAGAAAUCAUGACUGUAAGUAGCAACUAUCAUAUUGAAGUCAAUCCAACUGAUGUCGGCAUUCACGACAGAGUGGUGAUUAUGGACUUAGUAAAGAAUGUGGCACAAACUCAUCAAAUAGAUUCAUCAGGACAAAGGGAAUUCAAAGUUGUUAUUCUGAAUGAGGUAGACGACCUUACAAAAGACGCUCAACACGCGUUACGUCGAACCAUGGAGAAGUACGUCGCAACUUGUCGACUUAUACUUAUUGCAAACUCCAUUUCUCGUGUCAUUCCUGCUAUCAGAUCCCGUUGCCUAACUAUCAGGGUGCCAGCACCCACAGAAAGUGAGAUCGCUUCCGUACUCCAGUUAGUUUGUAAGAAAGAAAGUUUGAAUCUGCCAUCAGACCUAGCUACGAGACUUGCAAAAGCAGCAGACAGGAAUUUAAGGAGAGCAUUACUUAUGUGUGAGGCUUGUAAAGUUCAACAGUAUCCAUUCACAUCAGAUCAAAAGAUUCCCGAGCCAGACUGGCAACAAUUCAUCAGAGAUACAGCCUCCAUGAUACUAUCAGAACAAACCGCAAAGAAACUUGGUGAAGUUCGACAAAAAUUGUAUGAGUUAAUAAUACAUGGUGUCCCUCCGGACAUGAUCUUUGCAGGACUAUUGAAAGAAUUAGUUCGUAAUUGUGAUAUGGCUAUGAAAUGCCAAGUGGCCAGUCAUGCAGCAAAUUAUGAACAUAGAAUGAGACUAGGCAACAAACCUAUAUUCCACUUGGAGGCAUUUGUUGCUAAGUUUAUGGCAAUCUACAAGAAAUUUGUUGAAGAGUCUAUGGGUGAUGUUUUCUAGGAAUACUUAUAACAAAUAAAACAAAAUGCUGUGCCUGUUUUUAUCAAUUUUAAUAAAUAUCUUAUUCAGUUUAA